AUGGCUGUAACAUGGUCCUGCAAGCUGUGCAUGCAGCGGAACUCCAUCGAGGCCGACAAGUGCGUGACAUGCGGCCGCCCCCCAGACUGGGUGCCAGCACAGAGACCCCAGUCUGAGCCCCCGGGCGAGCUCGAGGUGUAUCGGCCAAGCGAGGCAUCAAGGACUCCGCCCAGAGAGGUGCAGCCCAUGGUGACUUGUAAGAGCUAUGCCCAGCUUUGCACCGGCACCCUUUUGAUGGUACUCAACGUGCUGCUGAACUUGCUCUGGCCUGUGCGAUUCCUUCGGAUGGAUGAGCAGCUACGCGUCCAGCACCUGACCACGGUUACAGUUGUGAAUGGGCCUGGGCUUGUGUGCAUCAAUCCGUUCAAGACCUGCACGAUCGUGAAGGCCGUGACAUUAGGCCCGCUCGACUACGUGCGCGUACGCGAUGCUAUGGAUGGCAGCGAGCGUGCCGUUCACGGGCCGCGGUUGUUUUUCCUGGGUCCUUAUGAGAAGAUGCAGGCAAGCGGUCAGGGCGUGAGUGUGAGUAACAUGCAGUACGUGCUGAUUGAGGACCGGCAGACUGGGGAAAGGAAGGUGCAGCGCGGACCCCUGGUGUGGAUUCCAGGACCUCGAGAAGAAGGGAGGGUCUUCAACGCCGUCCGACUUUCCAGCACAGAGUACAUCAAUGUGGAAGAUCUGCUCAGCGGAGCUCGGAGGGUUGAAAAAGGACCUUGUAUUUGGUUCCCAGGUCCUUAUGAAGAGUGGGAGCAGGGGGAUGCGGUUCACCUAAGUGGCACGGAGUAUGUGACUGUUCAGAAUGUCCUAUCUGGCGAAAGGCGUGUGGACAAGGGCCCUUGCAUGUGGUUCCCAGGUCCACACGACGAGUGGACGAAGGGAGCCUCCAUCAGCCUAACUUGUACGCAAUACCUGGCAGUCUUGAACAAACUUUCUGGAGCCUCUACGCUGGUUAAGGGUCCUUGUAUAUGGUUUCCUGGGCCCUAUGAUAGCGCCUCACCUGUGAAAGAGGCAAUCGUGCUGCAGGACGAUGAGUACGUAAAGCUAAAGGAUGUCUCAACAGGGACCCGGUGGGUUCAUCGUGGCAAAGGCCUCCUUUUCCUGGAGCCCACCUGGCGUGUCGAGAGUUCCAACACACGAAGUUCAGGCAUUCAGAAGUCAUGGGCGCUUCGAGGGCGAGAAUUCCUGAGGUUGCAAGUGGCUCCCCACCUACGUGUGACCAAGGGGGCCGCGGCCCUGGCAGCCAUGGCAAAGCAGAUCGCAGGCGCUGUCGGGUUCUUACUCGGGCGUACGCUGCUUCGACAGUAUGUCAAGGAGAAUGUCGUGGCGCAGUUCCCAGUCUUCAAGGCUGUGGCGCAGGCAGUGAAGACGGAGCCAUUCAGCGUCACUUGUAUGGUGCGAUUUGCACCAAUCCCCACAACUGCAAAGGCCAUGGGAUUGGCAGCAGUCGAGGUUCCGUUUGGCCCUUUCCUGCUGGCGUCCUCUCUCUUCGGCGCGCCUUGGAGUAUUCUGAGCGCGGUGGUGGGGUCCUCCUUGGCUUCGCUCCCAGAGGUGCUGGAAGGGCGAGGUGACGAGAAAAUGCGCGAGCUUCUGCAGUCCUGGCGCCAAAAGCCCAUUCUGGCCACCGGGCUACUCGUCGCCGUGGUUCUACUCACAGCGCUGCUGAUAAUGAGAUCAAGAAAGAUGUACGCCACGUACCGCGAGCUCAUGGCCAAAGCCAGUGCAUAG